UAGUGGACUUGCAUUUUCUUCGGUUUUAUUCAAUUGAACAGAAAUAUUUCUCUUGGAAAUGAAGUAGAAAUUGUAAAUGUAUUGUUUCAUUCAAGCGGAAUUUAAAUCCAUACCAACCGUCGUUCUGAAGCACAACAUUGACACUGUCAAUUUGACAUUAGUUCACAGUAAACUUAUUCCGAUUGACGAUUAUUUCAUCAUAGCAACUUAUAGAUUAAAUCACCUUCAGAAAUAAAAUAUAUCGCAAAACAAACGUUUUAAAUUGUGCAUAAAAAUUUCUCUGAACGUUUUCAUUGAAGAAAAAAAAAAUCCGUAUAAAAAAGUGUAUCAUGAAAUAAUUUUAAAUCAAAUUGACUCGACAAAAUCUUUACAAUAGGAGUAGUUCAACAACCUUUCCGUCGAGAAUAAGUCGGAACUAUCGUUUGGUUUUUACAAAAAAAAAAAUCUUGAAGUGAUGGCAAAUAAACGGAAAAAAAUAAAUCGACAGUCAAAUUUGAAGCAUAAAAAGAGAGCGACAAACUCUGGUAUCACUACAAAGAUUGAUGAUGUAAACCUUGAUUGUUUGGAACAUAUAUUUCGAUUCCUACAUUUGGAGGAUUUGAUCAAUGUGGCUCAGGGAAAUAAGCACCUUAAAGCAGCAGCUAAUAUGACAUUCAAUCAUAAGUUCAAAAUGCCGAUACGUCUACAAAACUUUAACGAUGUGGGUGAAUGCAUCACAAUAUGCAACCAGAGAAAUGCGAUCAUAAUUCGGAAUUUGAAAUUUAUUUUCAAAUUUCUACGGCUUUUUGGAGAGAAUAUUUCGAUAGUAGAAGUAUGGCCAAAUGAUAUCAGAAAAGCCUUCAAACCAGAAGAUAUCGACAUAAUUACUUACGAAAGAAUCCUAUUUUACAUCAGCGAAUAUUGUUCAAAAUCGCUUACAUCAUUUACAGUGAUCAGACACCCUGACAACGUUUUUAUUGGAAUGAAGAACAGAUUUGAAAAUGUCGAAAUCGUUGAAACCCGUAUGGGAAACAUAGCAUCUGAAACACUACUGCAACUUGAAAGUUUAUUCCCCAGAAUGCGUGAACUAAGAUUAAUCUUCUAUCGUUCAAAAGUAGAAUUCAUAAAAUUCCCACGUUUGGAAAGGCUACGAAUAGGAAUCAUUGGAAAUAAUAUUUCGAAUAGAGAGAAUCUUGUCACAGCAAUCACAUUAAAUGCACAUCUUUGGGGCUUCGAAUUACGGGAUGCAUGCGAUCCAAAUAUUUGGAAGCUGAUCAGUACCGAAAUGAGGAGUCUCAAAUACCUUCAUAUGUUUUAUUCGUUCGUCCAUUUUAAAGGUUUUGAAAAUACACCCAUUCACUUCGAAAGUGUUGAAGAACUCAGUCUAGAUUUGCUUCGUAGAAAUAUUGAACCCAAACUUAUAGGUGUAUUGACAUUCAGUCGUCUCAAAGUGUGCACUUUCUAUUUCUUUUCAAAACAUUUAACACCAUUGCUUGAUUUUGUAGCGGCAAAUCCACAAAUUGAAAAACUCGUGUUAUUCAUAAGUUUACUAAAUAAGAAUGACCUAAAUACAAUUGGACUUGCAGUGGAGCAAUAUGCAGCACUUAAUCCUAUACAGAUAGAACUAUAUUUAUGUUCUGUCAUUUGCAAUGUAGACGAUUUUCUACGGUUUUUUAAAACAAAUCAAUACUUAUCUAAAAUCGAAGCGGGCUUCGGAAAUAUGUCUGAAAUUGAAUAUGUACGCAAGCAAAUUGCACCGGAAUGGAAAAUUAUCAAGAUUCAAAGUAUAAUUAGAAAACAUUUUAUAACAAUUUCUAGAUUAUAAAGUUGCUCUAUGGGCUCUAAGAAGUAGGCUUUUUAAAACAUAUAUUUUCGUUGAUUUCUAGUUUUCAUUACGUUGAAAGUAA